CCCAAUCCCAGCUGUGCCACUGAGGCCAGCUUCCCAAACACGGGCACUGCUGAUGUCCCCGCAGAGGGACUCAGCUUCGUUUCAGAGCCCAGGGAGGUGAGAGGUGUUUGGGCACGGGGCUGCCUCCUGUCUGUGCCCAUCCCGGUGUUCCUGUGGCUGGGACUGCACAGCUGCUGCUGGCCAGAGCUGAGGGCAGCCCGCCAGCUUCCCUGAGUCGGCUGUCACCACACCCAAGGCUUUUCCAAGACCACAGGGCUAUUCCUCACCACACAGCACUGAGCACGGUGGUUUCCCUGCACUGGCUGCUCUCUUCCUCUGAACCAGGAAUGCUGGGGUGUCCCUGGAGGUGCCCAGGGAACAAACCCAGGUAGGGGGCUGCUUCCCAGUGGAAGGGCAGGAUGCAGAGGUGGGGCUCACAGGGGAAUCCCAGUACAGGAAUCUCUGCUCUUGGGUGUGAGAUUCCUGCUGAAGGUCUUCUCUUAUGCCGCAGGGUGCUCGUGAGAAACUGUGCAGUGGGACUGGCCUGGAUGUUCCGUGGGUAUCCAUCCUUGGGUUUGGGGGUGUUUCCUUCCUGUAGGCAGGGAGCAGGUGAGCCACCCCAGCACCAGCAUCCUGCCUGCUGAGAGAGCAGGGAGCAUGUCAGGAGCAUCCCCAGUGCUGCCACCGUGCCAGGACUUCCCACAGAGGAGCAUCCAAACGUGCCAAGCGUAGCAAGUCCGGCCGGGAACUCAGCGCUGGAGCCGUGGGCUCCAGGCCCAUGUCCUGAUGCACGAGUGGCUUUCCUCAGCUCUGGAUGGCUUCCAUCAGCCUGCAGGCUGCUCCAAGCGCCUUCGCCCUCCCUGCAUCCUCUUCCAGGGUUUUGCAGGAUUUCACCUCCCAUACUGGGAAACAAAAGCAAAAAGAAACACCACGGCUUUUUUAUUAUGAAGUGCAGGAACGGCGUGUGAAUGCCCGGGCAGUAAUUCAAGUGGGAACAUGGAGCUGGAAAGCUUUCAGCUCCCAAACUCGACCCGAGCCUCAGCACUUGGCUUUGUGCUGCUCAUUCAUCCACAGGGUUAUUUUUGGAUUCCUCCUCCUGGGAGAACAGGAUUCGUUUUGUUUUCAGUGUUCCUUGGAGAGCAGCUUGCAGAAGGAAUGACUUAGCAGAGAAAAACCCUCUUGGCUGGUGGGGUCCGCUCGAUUCCAUGAUUCUAGGUGGGAAUGUGAUGAUCUUUCAUGUCCCUUGGGGAUUCAUUCCCACUCUGCUCUUGCUGGGGCUUGGAUAUCUCAUUACCUAUGGAUAAUUAGCUAGAGAUAAUGAGCUACCUGCAUCUCUGGGUUGUUGGGCCUUGUCUUUAUUGCUUUCCUGGGGCAGCAAGCAGAGUAGGUUGGGAUUUUUUUAAUUUACCAAUAACUGUAGGCUCUGGCAGGAUCCAAAUAAAAAUUUUGAAGGAGAUAAAAAUGUUGGAUGAGCAACCAGACUUGCCCAUACCAUAUUUUCUUAGAAUCAUAGAAUGGUUUGGGUUGUAAGUGACUUCAAAAAUCAUUCAGUUCCAGAUCUAAUUUUCUCCUCGUUCAACCUAAAAAGGGGGAUCUUAGAGGGAGAUCCAGAGCAAAGGGGGGUGGGAGAAGCUGUAAAGACCCACCCCAAGAAACUCUCAGAGCGUGGGAUCUGAUUUCCCAGACAGGGAGAGAUGUAGGAGUGGGUAUUUCAGAGGAUGUUUGGAUCUCCUUCUCUCACUGCCAGCAGUCAGUUGGAGGCUUAGAAGGAGCUGGCAGCUUCCAAGGCUUCAACUCCUUCUUGGCUCCAGAAGAAAUGAGUGGGAUGAGGAAACCUGGAUCCCUCUCUUUACAAUGUGUACUUUAAAUUUAACCACAAUGGCAGCUGUUGGGAGCCCUCCCUAUAACCGUCCCUAAUCUUCCCCCCACCACUCCAUCCCUUCAUCCCUGUUUUCCUCUGUCCCUCCCCUCCAGCCAGGCUGUGCACGGGGAAAUUGGGACUGUCUGUACAGCUCUCUCAUUCCAAUUAGCUCGCUAAUUAGAGCCUCAUCAGGGGUGCUGCUGCGCCAAGGAUGUCUCCAAGCAGGUUUGAUGCCUCAGCAAGGAGCUGCUCAGACCAUUGGACUCACUAAGGCAGAGAUGAACCACACAGGAAGCGGAGAGAAGGAAAUUCACAGGAAAAAGAACAAAAUAGCAGGAAGGCCAGCUCACCUCUCCUGUGGGGACACCGGCACCAGGGUAUAAAUGGCCUCAAAACGGUACUCACAGUCUGCAGACCCUGUGAUUUUCAAGAAACUACCUCGUCUGGAGCCUGCCACCGGCUUCCUGCCCAGGAAAAUCCCAGGCACAUCCAGCCCUGUGCCCCACCCUGGCUCUGAAACCCAUUUCAACUACAAGGGCUCCUACUUUGCCUGCCCGCUGCAGAGCCCCAAGGGCCCUGAGCAGCCCCCAGCUGGCUGGAGCCCCACGCCCGCCUACCUGCACUACAGCCCCGGUGCCCUGAGCCAGCCCGUGCCAGCUGAGGGGCCACUGCUGAGCUUCCUGCUGUACCCACCAGAGAGCCUUGACACCAGGCUGCAGCCCCCAGACAGCCAGAAGAGCAAGGACAGCCUGAGCCAGGAGCAGCUGAUGGCCAGGAAGAAGCUGGACAGUCCCAGGUGUCCCUUGCCAGUGAAGAAGCCAGUGGUGGUGAAGAAGGCAGUUCCUCUAGCAGUCCCCAAGCCAGUGUACGGUGCCCCGGCCUCCUUCUUGGCUCCCGGGAUGGCUCUGCUACUCGGAAAACAAGCAGAGAGCCUGCAGCAGCGACCAGGGGAGGCAAAUUGGGCCCUGCCCCCUGCCACCCACCCUCUGCACCCCAGCGAGCCCCACAAGAGCGGUCCCUGUGCUGACCACAGCCUCCUGCUGCUGCCCUCCAGCCUGGCCCUGCCUUCCAGGGAGCAGCUGAGCUCCUCCACUGCCUUACCCCAGUACUGCAUCACCUUUGAUAAGUAUGGGCCACCGCCCAGCACCCCGUUCCUGGAAGCAAGUUGUCCCUCUGCCCAGAGCCAGAAGAAGGUGCUGGAGGUCCCCAGCCUCAGCCUGGACCCCUGGCCCAAGCUCCAGCUGCCUGACACCAGCCCAGUGAUCCAGGAGAGGUCGGCGAUGUGCUGCCCACCCCCCCCAUACCCGCUGUCACCCCACAGAGCUGCCCCCCUCUAUCAGCCCCCAGCUCCCACUGCGGGGGAGCCCAGUGCCCUGCCCAGCUUUGGCUACGUGGGAAGCAGGGAGCCCUUUCCCGGCACCCACCUCAAGCCCCAAGAUCCCAGCAGUUACUUUCCCAGCCCCUUGGAGCCCUACGUGCUGAGGACAGCAGGUUCAAGGCUGAGGGAUGCUGAGCCACCCAGGGAUGCCGAGCUGCCCAGGAACACCGGGUACCCAGGGUUUGCCGUCACCCCGGGCGAUGCAUCCGCGUUCCACGCCUCCUUUCCCGGCACGGAGCCGGGGUGUGAGCAGCACAGCGCAGACAGUCCACAGUGGCGAGCAGCACCGAGGCACAGCAGCGCUUUCCAGCCUGUCUGCACCCCAGAGAAGCUUUCCGGGGGCUCCGGUGGGCUCGCUGAGGCAUUUCCCGAGAGAGGAGGGAGCUGGGAGAAGCCCAGGCAGAGGGAGGAGGAUCACCUGUACCCAGGGAGGAGGAACAGCAGCCUGGCCCCUCAGGACACCCCCCACGGGGGACCAAGGGAAGGAAAUGCCUGCAAGGUCAAGGAUCCAGCCAAGGAGCUCGUCCGCCCUUCUCUGUCCCUGACCCCUGUCAAAGGGCUGGAAGACCUGAGGGACACCAAGGCUUUGUCAUCCUCCCCACCGAUGCCUGUGAUCCACAAUGUCUUCAGCCUGGCACCUUACCAGGAGUAUCUGGAGAAGGCCAAGGUCACAGACCCCAUUCUUUUCUGCAGGAAGCAUCUGUGGGAGGACUCCUCACCCCAAAACACGGGUGGCAGCCAGGAGCCUGCUGCCCUCAGAGACGUCUCAGUGGUGUCCAGCCGGAGGUCAGGCAGUGAUGCAGUGCAGAGCCAAGGGGAAAGCUCUUACAGGAGCAUCCCUAAAAAGCCAAAGCCUGUGGCCCAAGAGCUGGUGUCUCAGGAGGGCAGCCCUGACAGGGUGGGCACGGAGGAGCCACCCCUUAAGGAAGUGGUGCUGGACCUUAGCUUCAAGAAGAGACUGGUAGAAGCUGGGGACACUGAGAGACCCACUGGCUGUGCAGAGGGAACACUGGAGCAAGAGUAUAAGGAGGAGAAAGAGGCUGCAGGAGAGAAGGUGGGGUCGGGAGAGGGUGCACAGCCCCGGGUGCCUGAGGCGGACUCCGGGGACAAGAGCAGCUUCCAGAGCUCAGCCAACUUCAUGUUCCAAAAAUACAAGUUGGUGCUCUCCCUCCCACCCAGCACUGAGCCCACCCAGCAGAAUGGCAGCUCUCAAGCCCCCCAGCCCAGCCCCCCCAGCAGCACCCCCACUCCAGCCCACCCAACCUCCUCUCCAUCCAGCACCCCCCUGUUCCCACAGCCUGGCCCCCAGAUCAGCAUCAUCCUAGCCCCAAACCCUCCCCAGAUCCUGGUUCCCAGCACCCCCUCCACUCCAGAGGAGGAGAAGGUGUUGGUGGUCAAGAAGGUUGGUGUUGUCCCCUCACAGACCCCCUCGGGGCGGUACUUCACCUCCCUGCACACCUUGCUCUGUGACACGAUUUCAGGCUCAGUGUCCCGCUCCUCCCCGGAGCUCCUGCAGCAGUGGCUGAAGAAGGCUGAGCAGGCAGAAGAGCUGGGAGAGAUGCCCAAAUCCCUGCCCAGCCCCAAAAAUGACUCCAAGGCUCCCAAUCCUCAGAAGCCCAGCAACGGCAAGGAGAUCUGGCUGGCUUUCCAGGACGUGGCCAAGCUCCUCACCGACCUGCUCUCCCAGCUGAAGACCUUCAUGUCCGCGUGCCCUUUCCCCCACGUCGUCCGGGCAGGAGCCAUCUUCAUCCCCAUCCACGUGGUGAAGGAGAAGCUCUUCCCAAAGCUGCCUGGGAGCUUCGUGGACCAAGUGCUGCAGAAGCACAAGGUGGAGCUGCGUCCCACCACCCUCUCGGAGGAGAGGCACCUGAGGGACCUGGAGCUGAAGAGCUGCACCUCCCGCAUGCUGAAGCUCCUGGCGAUCAAGUGGCUUCCCGAAAUCUAUCCUGACCUGCUCAACCUCCACUGGCACAACUCCAUCCGGCAGCAGCUCGGUUCAAGCUCAGAGACUGACCAGCAGCCUUCCAACCCUGGUGUGGAGGCACUGAAUGCUGAUGGCAAAGCGACAGCCAUGGACAAAUCAAGGGAAAGGAGGCACCAAGGAAUGUGCCAAGGGCAACAGCCGAACGGUGACGGGAAUGGGAAGGUCCUGAGUCCCCAGAGCCAUGGAUGCUGAGACCACCAGCAGCCCUGCAGGCAGGUGCUCAGCUCCCACCUGCAUCAGGAUCCUCCAGGAUGCUGAUACCUUGCCAGGGACCCUCUGGGGCUGCUGCUCAGGGUGAAGAACAGCUCAAUGGUGCUCCAGGGACACACACAGGGAUGCUGCUGGCGGGUUAUCUGGGCCCGGGCAUGGGCUCGAGCCCCUCACGGCAGCUGGAGCUGCUUUUCUUUGAGUGGAUCAUCUUCCAGUGCAUCUCCUGCCUCCAUCCGUGAUUGCCCUGGUGAGCUGAGAGGGAAUGGCUGGAGUUCCAGUGGAGCUGGAGCAAGAGGAGCAUGGAAAUGGGACCAGCACCGUCCCCAGCCUUGGAAAAAGGGACUGCAGGGAUGACAUCCCACAUCCUCCUCUCUCCUCUGAAUCCCCGCUCCUGCUUUAUCCACGCCAUUCCCAACAACCAUCCCCUUCCUCUGGGAUUUUUACCUUUAAAGUGCCACAAAGACCUGGCACAGCAGCAAGGGCAAGCUAAUCGUGACUUCCAUAGUCUCAAACUAAGGGGUUUUUUUGUCGUAAAUGAAGACAUUUUACAAAUGUUCUGGAUUUACCUUUAUAAGGAGCUGCUGCCUUCA